AUGGCGCUAGUGCCUACAGUUACUCAACCCGUCAAUGAAGGACACUUGUUCGCGGAACUGGAUAUGGGUGCCGACUCCUCUGCCCCCACGGUCCGAGCAACCCUCGUUCAAGCUUCUACUGUCUUCUAUGACACCCCUGCUACUCUAGAUAAGGCUGAGAGAUUACUGGCUGAAGCAGCGUCUAAUGGUUCCCAACUGGUGGUGUUUCCAGAAGCAUUUGUCGGCGGUUACCCGCGUGGAUCAAAUUUUGGGGUCACUAUUGGUAAUCGUACAGCUAAGGGUAAAGAGGAAUUCCGGAAUUAUCACUCUGCAGCCAUUGAUGUGCCUG